AUGAACAAACACUUCUUGCUGCUCUUCUCCCUCUUCUACUUCAUUGUGGAAGCAACAUCACUGAAGUGUGUAACAUGCCACCUUCGCACACAGUCAGACCACUGCAGAAGAGGCUUUGGUGUUUGCCUUGCUCAGAAACACGAAAUAUGCAUGAGCCUGAGGAUCUACUUCAGUGGCUCUCUCCAGUUAUCAUACAUGGUGUGUCAGAGAUUCUGCAAGAAUUUGACAUACAUUUUCAACAAUCGGACUUAUACACAUAAAUGUUGCAACUCUGAUUUUUGUAACUUCACACUCUAA